UUUCGUGCGAUGCCUGUUCGCAGCAUUAGCAAUACAAUUCGCUCGAGUUCGGGAGUCCAACCUAAGUGAAAUGUCACAUGACUGGCUAUGACAGUUGUCCCAUUUGCGUACGGCUGUAUAUAUAAGGAGCUUGGAAACCGUAUCAUGGACAUUACCUUCCAAAGAACACAUCUUAACAUUGUAUCGAGCUCCUUCGAUCUGUUCCCACCUCCAGCACAAUGGCCACUCUAGCCAAACAACUCGAAGACGUUUACACCAACUUCGCGACCAAAGCCGUUGGUCCAGUCGUGGAGAUUAUCGACAGUGCCCGCUCCGAAGCAGAAGCCAAAUUCGCCAAUCCUACCAACGUGAUCCAAGUCGGCGCCAAAUUCCCUUCCUUCACGCUGCCCAGUGCUACUGGUGGCCAAGUCUCGAGCAUCAACCUUCUCGCCAAGGGGCCCGUACUCAUCACAUUCUACCGUGGCAACUGGUGUCCAUUCUGCAACAUCGCCCUCCGCGCCCUGCAACAACACCUGGACGAGUUCCACGCCCGAGGCGUCGAGCUUGUCGCAGUCUCGCCCGAACUGCCCGACUCGUCGCUAUCCACGCAGGAGAAGAACGAGCUCGAAUUCACAGUGCUUUCGGACUUGGGCAACAAGUUGGCACGGGAGCUUGGUAUUGUGUGGAAGCAACCGGAUAGUAUGAGGCCGGUGUUCGAGAAGUUCGGUCAUGAUUUGAAGAAGCAGAAUGGGGAUGACUCGCUGGAAGUGCCUAUUCCGGCGACGUUUUUAGUGGGCGAGGACGGCGUGGUUAAGAAUGUUUAUCUUGAGCCGGAUUAUAGGAAGAGAUUGGAGCCUACAGUCGCUCUGGAGUGGAUUAGCAAGAUGUGAAGUGGGUAUGUAGUACGAAGCAAUAUAGA